AUCAUUAACGCAGAGACCUCCCCAAAGCCGCGGAUGACGAAACAGUCCCGUGUAAUGGAUGUUGCCCUCGCCCGCUUCCUCCGAGUGUGACGUCUGUUGCCUGACAUCUUAACUAGUCAGUGUGUCGCGUCUAUGGAUGGUGUUAGUACGCGUCUGUUUCAACUCCCAGCUUGACAGAAUUUUUUUUUUUUUUUUUUUUUUUUGUGUGUGUGUAACCACGCCUACACAGUGGCUGCCAAGGCUUACCCAUGAGUUAAACCUUCUUUAGUUGGUAAUGAGGAAGGUGUGGGCUCUAGCGGUGGACACCCGAAGGCAGCAGUGGGUGAAAACAAGCAAAAUAAAGAAAAGUUUGGCUGUGAGGUGCUAGACAGCCAGCCAUAGUGACGAGGAGGCAGGAAGGUUUAUCACCACCACCAUCAUCACCACAGGGAAGGAUCACACAGGAGGUAAUAGAACACUUCCUGCAGCAGUGCCCACGCUUCCACUCACACAGUGGUAGUCUUCCUCCAGAAAACAGGACAGCUCACCAGAAUCAAACCAAUAGGUAGAGGUUGUGGCAUCAAAGCCCAUCAAAUCCCAAACAAGAGCAAGGACAUCAAUGGCAGGCCCACUCUUCCAGCCUAGUCCUUGACACUUCGGCAGAUACAGUAUUGGACAUAGCUGCCUUAUUGCCCCUCUGCGCGAGUUGUACUUGACGGACUUGCAUCACAAGACUCAGGCCAGCCUUCAGGACACUCGAAAAGACAAAACCUGAUCGGGUGACAUCUGUCAUCAGCACUUUCAGGACACCACGGCCCCGUCAAAUCCCCAACAAGAACAAGAAGCAAUCCAUUCUUGCUAAACCACAGAUUGCUUUUGUGACUUGCACCUGCCCAAUCGAGAAUAUAUAGAUAUUUAUGUUUCCCCCAGAAGUGAGGAAAAAUGCCAGUCUAAAGCAAGGAAGCAUUGAAAGUACAGAGACAACCGAAAAGACCAGCACAGCACAAAGUGAAAUUGCAGACAAGACGCAGUGAAGACUACUAUUGAAGUUAAUUGUAAUGUUCAGACUUUUAAAUAUUGUGCUUGCUAUCUAAUAACAAAUAAUGCAGGCACUUGAAAGAAAAGCAUCUCGAGAAGAUUAUCUCUCCACACUAAAUAGUUUUAACAACUCAUCUAAUGGUGUCAUCAUGCACUUCACCAAAGAAAUUGGCUGGACAAAACCCCCAGAUGGAAAUAAUAUGUUAGAGAUUCACAAGGGUACAGAAAAGGUCUCAGAAACCAACAGCAUCAAUGGAUACAGUGAGGAGCCACUUCUUCCAUCAUUUUUGUCUUUAGCACCACACAGUUUUUCUGUUAAGAUUGAUGCCGAGAAGCAAAGAAAUAUUCUGCUCCCAUAUAGGAAAAAUGUGGCACCUGACCUGCGCCAUCCUCCAGCCUCAGCUGGUGAGCUGACUGUGAAUUUCACUAGAGAGGAGAGGUUGAUACUGUAUGAGCACACCUUAAAGAAUGCUGCCUCUGUGGCAGUGCCUCCAGAGCUCCUUCCAAUGGAAGUGAAUGCUUCUUCUGAGACUCAGCCAAAGGAGUUGUCUGGACUUGAACUGAAGAAAGCUAUGAGAGAUUUCAAGAGACGUCGGCAAGCUUACAGAACCAAAAUAUCCACCAAAAACAAAAGCCAGACUGAGGUUACCCGAGAAAUCAUCCAUAACAUGAUGGCUUUGCUAGGUAUGCAAGAACCAAAAUUGGACUUCCCUGGCACUUCAGACAGGUUACAUGCCCCACUGUGUAAUCCAGAUUGUGAUAAUGAUUUAUAUACUUUGGAUAAGAGUUCAGAAUUCAUGACUUCAGUCCAUCAAGGUGCAGUAGAUUCACAUCACGUGAAAGACAUGAAUUACACCAAACAUCAGGAACAAAAGCCAAAGAGAAGUGAGCAAAAGAGUCACAGCCGAAGUAGGAACCCAAAAGAGAGUGUAAAAUACCAGAAGUAUGACAGUUUGAGUCAUGAUAGUAAUAGGUUUUUAACAAAAGAUGAAAAAAAGCACAGAAGAAUGGAAAAGAAAUGUGACAUGAAGUCUGAAGGGCAUGAUACAUCUGAUAAAUACCAGCCUAGAUUUAAAGAUAGAGGAUCAAGUCAAGGUAAAGAAAAGAAAAGAAAAAAAGAUGAAUCUGAAUACAGAAUCUACAAACAAAGGAAAAUGAGCAGGAAAAAAGAAAAAUAUGAAAAUGAAGAAAGACACCAUAGGCAGGAGGCUUUUUCAAGUAGAUCUAAGAAAAAGGAGAAAUGAAAGUAAGAAGAGGAUUGGUGAUGACAAAAUAUAAUAUGAAGAGACCUUGAGCUGAUAAAGAAUGCAUAGAAAUAGUGAAAUAUUAAGCAUUGUAAUGAACAAGAAAUUGGCAACUCUUCUUGGUAUAUCCACCAUAACAUCGGUGAACACUAAAAACAUGAGAAAUUGCCAUAAUGGAUACUUUUCUUUGGUUGGACUAAAGAGGAUAUUUUUCUGGUAGUAAUUUCAUUUUAUCAUUUCAUUAACACCAAAAUUCAAGUUCAGGUUACCAAGCUUAGAUCUGGCUGCUACAUUAAUGUUUUAACUUGAGCCACCUGAUACAAUAGCUGUAUGAAUUUGUUGUUCAUGACUGAAAAAAAAUGUGUACUUUUUUAAUUUAAUUUAUUUAUUUAUUAUUUUUUUUUACAUUUCUGGCAUUUUUUGUUAAUUUCGGUAGUGAUAGUAGUAUGGAAUGGUAAAAACGAGUGUACCUAUGAUGUAAAAUGUGAUUUGCUGCUGAUACAAAAGUCGUAAAAGUAA